AUGAUAGUUCUUGGCCAGAAACUACACUUAUAAAUGUCACAGACUGUCUUGCACGAUGAAUUUCAGUGAAUGAGAUGAUCUAGUUUACUCCAUACAAAAUAAAAUCAAUUGAAAUUAUUUGAAGAGCUAUUUUUCCAUAUUGGUAGAUUUCUAAUAUUAUUUUAAUAACUUCCUUUUCCAUGCAGGGAUGAAUUUGACCAGUUUAUUGAACAAAGUGGGACUAAGAAACCUCCAGUUGAAUCAUGAUGAGAAGAGGUUUGAGUCUCUCUCUAGAUUUAUACUCAGCAGCAUGGAGGCACAAAAUGAACCCAAGCUAUGGUAUGUGUCAGUUGUGCUGUCACAAGAUCUUCUUCUUCUUUGGCUCCAGCAGCUGAAACAUUUGUUACUAAUUUGCUGUAAACUUCUUCGGAAACUCAAGCCCACUGUUUCCACAGAGGCAAAAAAGAUCAGUAUUUAUUUAAACAUGCUCAUUAUUUUCACUGAUUGUGGAAACUGGAAAAUUUUCAGCAUGAAAGGAGGAGAGGCAUUGCGUCCAAGCUUACAACAACUUUGUGCUAAUGUUCUGGGACAUUUGAACACUAAAGGAUUCUAUCCAUCACUUAAGGAUUUACUGAUGGCUGGGCUGGCCCGUAGCGAACCUUCCCUCAAGUCAGCUACGUUCAUGGCUGUUAUCACUUUGGCUCUGAGGCCCCUGAUUCUCAGCAACUUUUCCGAUAAUCUCAGCAGCUUAUUUAUACUCAACAUUCUCUCUGUUCCUGGUCUUAUCCUGCAUCUUUCCUCGGUUGCACCAGAUGGUUUAAAGCCCCUGAAAAGCCAUGGCAUCUAUGAAAAGGUUUUAUCAUUUCUCCAGCAAGACCAGAGCAGUAGAAUUGUUCUGAACUCCUUAGAAUGUAGCUAUACACUUUGUCUUUUAGCCAAUUUGUUAGAACUCUCUCAACUAGAUGAAGAGGUUUUCAAAGAGAAGUUAUCAGAUUUUGUGGAAGUUGUAACAAAAUUGCUCAGUUACUGCCAAUCGUACAUUGCUAAGAAGCAGUCCAAUCUUACCAACUGGCAUCCUAUAUUAGGAUGGUUCAAACAACCCUCAGAUGAAAGGCUAAAUAAUUCCAUUCCUCAUGUGAGAAAGCAGCUGCAGUCAUUGUGGAGACGGAAAGCAGUGAAUCUCUUGUUUGAAGAUCUCUUGAUUAUCAGCGAGUCUGAAAACAGUGAACUGAAGAACAAGGAUGAUAAAGGUAAUAAGAAACCGUGGUCUCGUAUAAGCAGAGGUCGAUCCAGAUCCGGACAGUCCAGUUUAUCCAGUUCACAGUCGGACGUCAUUUUGAAGGCUUGCGUCAUGUAUCAAACUGUGUUGUCUACAUUCUCUCAGAUCAAGCUGGAUAUUUUAACAGGGUUGAGUUAUCAAGAAGGAUUCGUUGUACGGCUUUGGAAGUUUUUCGAGUCGUUUGGUUCAGAUGACAGCCCGGAUGCUCGACUGUCUAGUCUGGAGAAGACGGGCUUGUUUAACAGCUGUGAACUUCAAGCAUCUCUUGUACUCUUCUGUGACUGCUGCAGUCACUUGAUGCCCAUUGUUGAUGACUCUGAGAUGUAUGAACAGCAAAAACCCUUCCGCUUAGACGAGCUGGUCAGAAUUUCUGCCUUCCUCAAUAACUUGGUCUUCAAAAUGCUGUGGAAUGAGAUGGUAGAUGAAACCAGAGAACAAAUGUUGAACUCAGCUUACACACUGUUGAUGAUACUGUACGACAGAGACUGCAGACGGACGUUCACCACUCAAGAUCACUGGCUUGUUAGGAGUGUUAAGACUAGUACAGUUGUAUCAGAGCUUGACAAGCGAAAGAAAGGAGCCUUGAUGGUGAUCCAGAAAGUGCCGCAUGUGUUACCACACAGAGAGAGAGUUCAGUUGUUCAGGAAGCUGGUCGCCAAAGAUAAAGAAGAACUUGGCAUAACACGUCCGUCAGAUGACUUUCUUCCGCAUGGAACACUAAUUACUGUUCAACGCACAAGAUUGUUGGAGGAUGGUUAUGAGCAGUUGUCGUUGCUUCCAGCUCGCACUUUCAAAGGACUUAUUCGUGUCAGGUUCAUUAAUGAACAGGGUCUGUCCGAAGCCGGUAUUGACCAGGAUGGCGUGUUUAAAGAAUUCUUAGAGGAAGUCGUCAAGAAAGGCUUUGACCCAUCGCUUGGUUUAUUCAAGAUGACAAGUGGGGAGGAAGAACGACUGUUUCCAUCAUCCACCUCCUGCAUUCACAACAACCACUUGAAAUUGUUCGAGUUCCUGGGGAAAGUGUUGGGCAAAGCAUUGUAUGAGGGCAUGGUAGUUGAAGUGCCCUUUGCACCGUUUUUCCUAAAUCACGUUCUUGGUCGUCAACACAGCAGUCUGUACAGCUCAAUAGACGAGCUGCCUUCUUUAGACCAGUCACUUUACAAGAGUUUGUGCUUCAUCAAGCAUUAUGAUGGUGAUAUUAGAGAUCUUGAACUGACGUUUUCUUUCGAUGAGGAUGUUCUUGGCAAGGUUGUCACUCAUCAGCUCAUGUCAGGCGGGAAUGUAAUUCACGUCACUAACGACAACAAGAUCAGUUACGUUCAUUUAAUGGCGCACUACCGCAUGUGUGUCCAGAUCAGGGAACAGACGGCCGCCUUCAUACGGGGCUUUAAGUCCAUCGUGCGACAUGAUUGGCUGCAGAUGUUUUCUGGUCCAGAGCUUCAGAGACUCAUUUCUGGCGACAGUGCCGCCAUGGAUCUCAGCGACUUGAGACGUCACACACGAUAUUACGGCGGUUACCAUAGCAAUCACAGAGUAGUUAAUUGGUUGUGGGAUGUACUGGAAAAAGAGUUCAGUGAAGAAGAGAAAUCCAGAUUUCUUAAGUUUGUAACAAGUUGCUCCAAGCCUCCCCUACUGGGUUUUGCACACCUUGAGCCGCCAUUUUCAGUUCGCUGCGUAGAAUGCAAUGAUGACGAGGAUGAGGGUGACACUGUCGGCAGUGUGUUUCGCGGAUUUUUCAGCAUAGGUCGCAGGCGUGAUCCAGUCGGCAGGUUACCAACCUCGUCCACGUGUUUCAAUCUGCUCAAACUUCCCAACUACAGGAGAAAAAGCACGCUCAAGGAGAAGCUCCGCUAUGCAAUCAACGCUAACGCAGGCUUUGAACUAUCAUGAGGUUGUCGUAUAAAAUCCUCAUUCAGGCUCACUACCAGUUUUUGUUAUCCUAGAAGAACACGGUACCUACAACAAGAACUGUCGCGUCAGCUUGACGUCACCAUGACCACGUCAUGUUACCAAGCAACCACACUGGCCAGGUCGCGGGCUCAGUUAAUUCUCUCAAACGAGAUUGAGGGAAUAGCUUUACUCCUUCGUCAACAAACUUGCCGUACUUUGACGUUGAGCUUAUUAAUUACUAAAGCAAAGGAAGGAAGGAACUCAUGGCCGUCUUGGUUCGACGAUAAAGCCCGGACCUUACCAGAUCAAUAUUUCGGAAAGUUGUUAAAAAGAAAUUUCAGUUAUAAACAACUGUAGAUAAAUGUUUUGUGAAUGGCAAAGAAGAUUCAGGUCGUUUGAAUUUAAAAUAAAAAGGGAGAGAGAAGUUAAGAGGACAACAAGGUUAAAGACUGUUGCGUUUUAUUUAAUAUGGUUCCUCGUCAAGCCAUUUUUAUUUCUGUUAAAAUGAAUUUUAUAAAAAUAUAUGUACAAACUAACUCCAGGGUAUUACAAUUAAGUUAGAUUAUUGCCUGUGUUUUGUAAGGUUAACAUAUGUAUUGAAACCUUGGAUGAAAAUUUAGAAAUUACAAUUACUAACAGACA